GGUCAUAUUCACACUGUUCAAUUUCAAGGACCCCAUAGCUACGAUUGGAGAUGAAUGUAUCCAACACUCUGAGCCAUCAGCAGAAAAUUCAAUUCCAAGAAGAUGUCCAUACACAUUGCUUUCAUCUUGCCAUGUUUUUCCAAAUUCCUGUGGAAGAUUCAUACUAUUUCAAUUCCUUCGAUCAAGUCCCCAGAUCGGAUAAAGCUGAAAAGUUGCCAUCUUUAGAACUUCCGACCAAUUAUGAUGAUCAAUCAAAGAGCUAUUGCUGCUGUUUUGGUGUUGCCGCUAUUUCUUCAUGUUUGCGUUGCCGCAGAGCCGCUUGAUACCCCAUGUUCGAGUAACAGAGGCAAAUACACAGCCAAUAGCCCCUUCGACAACAACCUCAAAAACCUCCUAGGUUCUCUGCUAGCGAACACAGCUCGAAAUGAAGGCUUCUACAACGCUUCAGUUGGGGAUGGAGCUGACAGAGUCCUGGGCCGAGCGCUCUGCAGGGGAGACAUAAACUCGACGGACUGCCAGAACUGUCUGGAGAAAGCAAGCGAAGAGCUUAAACGCCAGUGUCAAACUAAGGAGGCUAUGAUAAGAUAUGAUCAGCGUUGUAAAGUCGAGUACGGCUCUACCCUUUUGAAGCGUUACAAUGGGAAGUAUCUCGAAUCGAAUAACGAGAAGAAAACUGUGUCUGCAGAUCCCGCCCAGUUCUCACAGGCUUUGAAGGAGUUGAUGGAUCACCUCUCUGAGGAGGCUGCUUACCAUUCCAGGCUCAUGUUUGCAGCUCAAAGUGGAAAGUUUUCAGAACAGAUUACUAUUUAUGGACUUGUGCAGUGUACAAGAGAUUUGUCUAAUGAAGAGUGCAGUAAUUGUUUGGGUAGCGCCUCGGGAGAUCUUGAAGGAUGUUGUGGCUCCCGUGAAGGGGGGACGGUUUAUGGUGGGGCUUGUUCUGUGCGUUUUGAGAUAUACCAGUUCUAUUAUAAUGCCACUGGGAAUAAGAAGAGCAAAACCUGGGUUCCUGUCACAAUUGUAUGUGUUUUAGCAUUUCUGAUGGCAGUUUUGGUUGGGAGCUUUGCACGAUAUCGUCAAAAGAGGAAGCAGGUGAAAACAGAUAAAGAGGAAAAAGGCCAUAGUGGAAUUGAAGCCAGACCUGGAUCCAAUUCUUUGAGUAUAGUAGGAAAGUAUGUGUUAAGCUCCCAGGAUAUGCCAUCCGUGGAGCUACCUGUCGUCGAGGCAGCCAUGGAGAUCUUUUCGCAGUCUAAUAAGCUUGGACAAGGCGGAUUUGGCACUGUUUACAAGAGUGUUCUCCCCAGUGGGGAAGAAGUAGCAGUGAAAAGGUUGUCCAGAAAAUCAUGGCAAGGGGUGGAGGAACUGAAGAAUGAGGUGAUGCUGAUAGCAAAACUUCAGCACAGAAACUUGGUCAGGCUUCUUGGGUGUGCCCUGGAAGGGAAUGAAAAGCUGUUGAUAUAUGAGUUCAUGCCCAACAAAAGCCUUGAUUUUUUCCUAUUUGACAGGGAAAAAAGGUUGCUGCUUGAUUGGAAAACACGGUUUAACAUCAUUGAUGGAAUAGCACGGGCACUUGUUUAUCUUCAUGAGGAUUCCCGGCUUAAAGUGAUUCAUCGGGAUCUAAAGCCAAGUAAUAUUCUGCUAGAUAGUGACAUGGUUGCCAAGAUAUCUGAUUUCGGAAUCGCUAGAAUCUUUUGUGAAAAACAGAACCUCGCCAACACCAGAAGAGUCGUGGGAACAUAUGGGUAUAUGGCUCCCGAGUAUGCAAUGGGUGGACUGUUCUCGAUUAAAUCUGAUGUGUUUAGUUUCGGUGUCAUAAUGCUGGAAAUCAUCAGUGGACAAAGAAACAGCAACUUUUACAUCAAUGGAAGCUCUCAUCAGACACUACUUUCCUAUGCAUGGCAGGUGGUGAAUGAAGAAAAGGAAUUGGAAGUUGCAGAUCCUGUGCUGAUAGAGUCGUCUUCUCCGAUGGAAGAGAUAGCAAGAUGCAUCCAUAUUGGGGUUCUGUGUGUGCAAGAAGAUCCAGCAGAGCGGCCAAGAAUGUCAGAAGUUGUUCAUCUUUUGAAAGGAGGACAAAUGCCAAUGUCUAAACCAAGCCGGCCACCGAUUUCUAUGGGGAGAAGAUCUAACCAUGGCAUUCAUCUCAAGCCUUCAUCCACUACAGCAUCAUCUUCACUCAACCAUCAUCUCACAGAUUCUUGUGCUACCACUUUCAUUGAUUAGUGGUAGCAAGCUGCCAAUGGCCUUCAUGGACUAUAGAGGCAUGCAUGAUAUUACACAUACAAAAUAGUGAAUCAAAGUUAUAUAUUGUUUUGCACAUGAGAGUAAUGAUAGGAAUAAAGUAUCAGUCCCAAAUUGAAGAAGUGCUUUCUAAAAGAGCAACAUUAUUAGUGGUGUUUUUGGGGAGAAUAGUAUAAUUUGUGAUGAGUUGGAGGGAAGAGAAAUGGAGGUAGAGAAAUUUGAGACUCUUCUUCAAGGACCCCACACCAUUGAACAGUGCUGGUCAGAGAAAGCUUGAAAAGCUGUGCGCGUUUCACGCACAGCUGAAGCCACGCGGCAGUUACUUUUUUAAUUUUUAAUUUUAAAAUAAGUUUUGUUUUAUUAA